AUGAUAUAUCAUGUAAAAUGUAUAGCAUAUAGUUUAAAGUAUAUUAUACAACAUAUCUGUAUACAUAUAUAUACCAAUAUAUAUAUAUUAUAUGUAUACAUACGUCAAUUACCAAUCAAGUCCAGCAGGUUUUACAUUUUUUGUGCCAUUCUCAUCCAUUCUCCCCAUCAGGCUCCAGCAAAGCCUGUGAAGAACACCGUCGCUCUGCCAUUGUCGCCGAAAAGGCGGCUGAAAGGCAAAAAGGUUGGCGCUCGUGUCGACGAAGACGUGCCAAACGAGCAUGGGGCUGCGGCCGGCAACUCUCCACCAGCCGAGAGGUGACAGGCCAUGCAGAAAGGCUCCAUUCCGCCAGAUUUCUCCACUGAGAGUGCCACUCCAAAGGAAAUUUGGCCAUGUACCCAGCCCGCCAGAACAGCC